AUGGCAAUGCCAUUCGAACUCGCGGGUAUCCACUCCGCCCCUACCCGCUUGGGGCAGCCGAAUGGUUUUGUGGAGCCUAGCUACGAGUUUUCAUCUAAUUUUGACCGAGUCCAUGCGUCGCAGGAUGGUGACGAUGGAAUGAGCGGCGAAACUGUGCCGGUAGAGGACGCAGAAGCGAUGGACUCGUCCGCCGCAGAUGCAGACAUAGAUGCAGAAGCAGGAGUGAGGAUUGUUGAAGGGAUAGGAUCCUUUGGCGCGAUUGAAUUUUCUUCCCUCACAGCCAAGGACGUCCUUACAACGGAGUUCACAAGCCUACAGGCAGCUUAUGACUACUACAACGAAUUCGGUCGCAUCAAGGGAUUCUCGGUCAGGAGGUCUAAGGUGGGUCGCAGAACAAAGCAGGGGGCGGAGAGCGAAAUAAUUUGGCAGAUAUUCAUGUGCUCGAGGGAAGGGGAGCGAGACGGGAAACACAUGCAGCGGAAAGACAGGAAGAAGGAUCCUCGACCGAUCACGCGGUGCGGGUGUGAAGCCCGGAUUAAGGUCCACGCUGAUGAUGCCAGCGGGCGAUGGUUUGUUGAACAAUUCUGUGACAACCACAAUCAUCCCAUGCUGGAUGCGAGGUUUAGGGGAGGAUUCGAGACUGUCGGGUUCGAGAUAAAGGACAUAUAUAAUGCGAUAGAGAAGCAAAGGCGGGCAGGCGCGACAGAUGCGGAGUCCGCGUUGAAGUUCUUGGGAACUUUAAGGACGACUGAUUCCGGGAUAUUCUGGAGGUACUCGCUGGAUGUUGACAAGAGGCUGGAAAAUCUCUUCUGGUACGAUCGUACAAGUCGUUAUGACUACAGCGUGUUCGGGGAUGUCCUGGGUUUUGAUGCAACUUACGGUCGUAACAAAUACAAGUGCCCUUUGGUAAUAUUCUCAGGGGUGGAACAUCAUAUGAGGACGGUGGUGUUCGGCUGUGCCAUAUUGAGCAACGAGAGCAAAGCAAGCUAUGUGUGGUUGCUGCGGUCAUUCCUUGAGGCAAUGAAGGGAAAACAGCCGAAGUCUGUCACCACGGACGGUGACCUCGCCAUGAAGAGUGCGGUUAGCAUAGUUUUUCCCGAUGCACAUCACAGGUUGUGUAGCUGGCAUUUGUUAAGGAACGCCACUGUUAGAGUUGGACGACCGGGUUUUCUCAGGAAAUUCCAUUUAUGCCUCAUGGGAGAUCUAGAGGUUGACGAAUUUGAGACAAUAUGGACGGAUAACGUGGCGGACCACGAGUUGGAGGAUCAUUUGUGGAUAGUGGAGAUGUAUGCCAAGAAGCAUUCCUGGUCCAAUGCCCAUAUCCGGGGAAAAUUCUUCGCAGGUCUGAAGAUGACAUCCAGGUGCGAGGCUUUGAAUAUGCAGCUUGAAAAAUUUAUACACAACGGGUACAAUCUAAGGGAGUUUGUGGAGCACUUCCAACACUAUUUGGAGUUCAUGAGGAGGAGAGAACUAGUGGCAGACUACAAGUUUGCGUAUGGCGAGCCUGUUGUGAAGACGAAACUCGAGGCCAUUGAGCAGUUCGCUGCAACGGUUUAUACAAGAGAGGUUUUCAAACUGUUUCGGGAGGUGCUGAUGCUAGCCAGCAACGUUAGAGUUGUGUCCACGAAGAGGACGAGCGCUUGUGUUUUGUUCGAGGUUGCAAUGUACUGCAAGCAGAGAUCAUGGGCCGUGUCCUGGGCUGAGGAAGAUGAUGAAUUCAGCUGUUCUUGUCAGUGGAUGGAGUCCUUUGGGCUUCCUUGUGUCCACAUGGUUGGGGUUCUGGUUUAUCUGAACAUGACAACUAUCCCCAAAGGCCUAAUACUUGACCGGUGGGCAAAGAGGACAAAGCAGCCACGUGCACCCUGCGACAAAACUCGUGUUGGGGAGAUCCCAGACGCGGCAUACAUGAGCAUGCACGCGGCGAUGCUGGAUGAUUGCAGGGAGCUGGUGAGCCUGUCUUGCUGGUUUUUUGAGGACUACGUGGAUGUGAAAACAAGGUUGGCAAAGGAGCGUCAAUCCCUGCGGGACAAACAUCGCCAAAGGUUGGGUGUUCCUGAGGAGGCCAGCAGGGUGUCUGUUCGGGAUCCGAUGCGGGCAAGGUGUCGAUUGUGUGGAAAGGGUAGACACAAUUCUCGCAAGUGUCAACAAUCGAGUAUGUGGAAGAACAUCGACAGUUUCGAGGCUGGCGCGGCUUACGAAAGCAUGGAGGCAGGAGAGGGGGGUGACGAGUACUACAAAUUUGAGUGA